AUGCAUCCGUUGGCUGCAACGACUGGGAAAGCUCUUGCUCUUCGCAGAGACAUUGGUUCUGAAUCUGAAAACCCUUCUUUUGAGGUUGCAAUGUGGUUCUCCUACAUCCGAUUUGCCGGCUUUAGUUUGUCAACGAUCAUCUCGCUGAGCAGCCUAGUUCGGGUUUCGGAUGGGAGAACUUGGCCUGUCAAUAAAGCUCUCCUCAGUCCAGAAGAGGAAGAAGAUAGGGUUCAAACAGGAAACAGGAAACAAGAGAAAGAAAAUGGUGAUGGCAAGAAGAAACCCCUCCUUCUUCAGGUUCUUGUAGGUGACUCCUCUAACCAGUUGCAGUCCCACCUUUGGACCUCAGCUGGAACUUGGGCUGUUAAUGUGAAGAAGGUUAAUGACAAGUUCUUUCUCCAAAAGGGUUGGAAGAAAUUUGUCCAUGACCAUGAUUUAAAGCUUUGUGAGUUUCUAGUCUUUGAUUACGCUGGAAAUUUGGGAUUCUAUGUUGACAUUUAUGGAAGAGAUGGCUGCAAAAAAAAGUUUGUAACAGCCAUUAGGGAAAAAGGCCGCAGACCUCAUGAAGAGGGACAUGGUAAUGUAAUUCACAGAAGGAGCCCAAGACAUCAUGGAAAACAGAAUUUGCCUUCAAUUGAUCCCAUCAAAUAUGAAGCGAUCGAUACUGAAUCUGAAACAUCAAUGCAUCCAUUGGCUACAAGUACUGGAGAAACUAUUCCUCUUCAGCGAAACAAUAGCUUCAACUCUGAAAAACCUUUUUUCAAGAUUGCAAUACAGAACUCGUACAUCCGUAGAGGUUAUAUUUAUUUGCCACGUAAUUUUGUCAAGACACAUCUCACCGAGCAGCGAGCUACUGUUACUCUUCGGGUUUUGGAUGGGAAAACUUGGCCUGUCAAGUUGGCAUUUGAAGGUGAAAGAGGCAAACUCGGUGGUGGUUUCAUGACAUUUUGCCGAGAUAAUAAAUUAGAAGUUGGUGACGUGUGUCUUUGUCUUGAUUAA